ACACGACUUUAGAAAUUCAAUCCUAAUACUGUUUAUUUUAUAACCUACUAUUAAACUUUUAAGUAUGUACAGUCAAUAACAGUAAUAUUAGUGAUAGGUGCCAACCAAGAUAUCAUCGUAUGGCCUGUGACAUGUGCAAUGGGGUCACCAUUAGGGUAAGCUCCGCGUCCUUUAAAUUUGCCCCACGCAAAUUUGCCUCCUGCAAGUCGCUGCCAGAAAGAUUGCAUUUUUCCAAGUCGGCACCUGCUAACACCGCAGCUCGCAAAUUACAGUUCUUCAUAUUGGCGUUCUUCAAAUUUGCCACACAUGUGAAAAUAAAAAUAUUUGUGGACAUUGGACAUUGCAAGCAGAAAACUAUUAAAACCAUAAAAGGUGUUUUACGAAUGCAUUUUAAAUUACCAAUUGAUUGGUUAGAAGUGUAAACCCUCAAUUUUUGUUUUGACAUUGGGCGCCUGUGCAAAGAGUGUUAUAGUUGGCAAUCGACACCGAUAGUUUGUCAUCGGGAAGCUGGUAUAUGUAAAUACAAAAUAAAUUAUAAAAAUUGGCUUCCACAUAAUUGAGAAGGUCGCUGAAAGCGUACGAAUAAACCCCGCAAAUAACCAAAUGUCUGCCGCCGAGACAGGUCCAAUAGCCAGCGGCAGUGCGGUGUCCACUGGACAGCGCGGUGUCAGCCGAGUACUUGCCAAGUUGUCCCAGUCUCUGGCAGGAGGAGAAUUCUAUGAAGCGCACAUGAUGUAUAGGACGCUGUAUUUUCGGUAUACGGCGCAGAAACGCUAUCAGGACUGCCUGGAACUGCUCUUUGAUGGAGCACAGCAGCUUAUUGCCAAGGAACAGGAAAGCAGCGCCGCGGACCUAUGUCUCCUUCUGGUGGACACGUUAGAGAAGCGAGGACCACAGGCGGAAGAUACCGACAACUUCCUGUGGGUUCCACGCCUAGGGGCUUUGAUCCGCGGCCUUAACUCCGCGACUGUAGAGCGCGAAACCCUUAUUCAACGGACCAUUAAGUGGAGCACGGCCUUGCAUGGCCAGUAUGGCCACCCAGUGCUCCAUAAGUUAAUUGCGCACGUGUUUUGGACCGAGGGCAACAUUGAGUCGGCUCGUCACCACUAUCUACUCUGCCAGGAUGGCAGCCUAUGUGGGCGAGUGCUAAUUGAAAUCAGCCAGAGCAGGGGCUUCCAGGGCGAGAUGGACUUGUUUCUGGUACAAGCUGUGCUGCAGCAGCUAUCCCUUAAGGAUCGGAAAACUGCAGAGGACACGUUCACUGAGUACACACGCUACCACGCCAAGCUGCUUAAGCAUGAGUUCCCCUAUAAGGAACCGCUGGUCAACUUCUUGUACUUCCUAUUCCGUCUUAUUGACGCGAAGCGUGUGGCUGGGUUUCGGGCCUUACGCAAGCUUUACGAUCCAUCCCUAAAGCGCGACACGUCUUUUCUAAAGUACGUAGCCAAGAUUGGGGUGCUGUAUUUCGACGAGCAUCCGGAGGCUGCUCAUUCUGGCCCGCCCGGGUUGGGCGGAAUGUUUGGUGACAUAUUCAAUCGCCUUAUGGCGGGCUUUGAGGAAGAUGAUGCGGACGAUCAUGACACGACCCUGAGGCGGCAAAACGAGAAUAACGAACUGGAAUAGCAUGUAUGCAUUAAUGAAGCAUACCGAAGAGGGAUCCUUUGUUGCUGGUCUUUUUGGUUGCUCAAAGUCAAUGAAGUUCUUUGCCACAAAAUCAUCGGGCUAUUUUGUUAUAACUUUAAAUUGCUGUAUGCUAAAUAAUUUUAAAUAAGCGUAUGGUCUUGAUUAUGCAAAUUAUAAAAAAAUAGUUAUUCAAAC